GAGGGGGCCGAGGGGGGCAGGGGGGCAGGCGGAGUGCAGCGGGGCGGUGCAACGCGCGCCGCCGGCCCGGCCGUCGACGGGCAGACAGUAGGACGGCAACGCCACUGCGAGUCGGUGACCAAGGCGCGAACAGCGCGCUCGCACCGUGACAUGUAGCGCGGCCGCCGCGCUCAGCCUCGCGACUCCACCGUCGGUGGCGGCGCGCCGAUGCGCCUGCCGUCCCGCGCCGACGACGCCCGCGCCGCCGUGACCGUACCAACGCGAGUACCGAGUGAAUCCCUCUCUUGGACCUGAAGCGAGCCCUUCAGCCCGACGACCGUCGGAUGGAACCCCGAGUGCGCCGAUUCGCAUCAAGGUUAGCUGAAUAUUUGAAUCGGCGGGAGCUAGCUCAGACAUGGGAAGUGAGCACUAUUGCCUAAGGUGGAACAAUCAUCAGAGCAACCUGCUGGGAGUUUUCAGCCAGUUGCUUCACGACGAGAGUCUGGUAGACGUCACGCUCGCCUGCUCCGAGGGUGCCUCCAUAAGAGCUCACAAAGUCGUUCUCUCUGCGUGCUCGUCCUACUUCCGUUCGCUGUUCGUGGACCACCCCUCGCGGCACCCCAUAGUGAUCCUCAAGGACGUUGGCCUAGAGGAGCUGCGGACCCUGGUCGAAUUCAUGUACAAGGGAGAGGUCAACGUCCAGUAUUGCCAACUACCCGCGCUCCUCAAGACUGCCGUGAGUCUUCAGGUCAAGGGAUUAGCUGAAAUGACUACAUUAAGUGCAGCUGGUAUCGAUACAAGAAACGUUCCUGAACCAAUGGAUGAGUGCCAAUCCAAGGACACCAAGGAGUGUCAAGAGUCCCACGAGAGACUAGAUGGUUGCGAGAAAUGGGAGAGAGAAGAAAGGCGUGACGCGAAGGACUUGCGGGAUACCCGUGAUAGAGAAAACAAGGAUCGAGACUCAAGAGAAGCUCAUCCAAGAGAGAGUCGUGAGUCGAGGGAAUCACAUAGAGAGCACAGAGAACCGCGAGACUUAAGAGAACAUCGUGACCAUCGCGAUGUGAGGGAGCAUAGAGAGGCGAGAGAGCCUAGGGAACCUCGUGAACCUAGAGAAAAUAGAGAACCGAGAGAAACUCGCGAGCAUCGCGAAGUUCCUCGGGAUUUAAGGGACAAUAGAGAAAUUCGAGAGCCUAAAGAAAUAGACUCAUCACCUCCGAGGAUAUCGCCAUUACUGUCAGUUCGGAGAUUUAGAAAUGAGAACUCCACAGAACCUCCUACCCCAACGCAUCCUCCCCUGCCCAAGGAUGAACCGCCUGACGAGCCAAUGCGUCCUUCAUCGCCCGAGGACGACGCAGUAUCUAUAAGAUCAAAUGGGGCGCAAAAUGAAAACAUUGGCAUAAACAUGACUAUAAACAGCCACGGCGUGCUGGGGCCGCGGUACUCGCCAGUGGAACAGCGGCUUAGCGUGUUGAACGCUAUUUCACACCCUGGUCUACCUCAUCCUUCACAUGCAUCAUUGCCCAGUCCACGGAACGAGCCAAUCGCAGGCCCUUCAGGUCUGCCGCCGGUGCAACAAGUACCCUUGUCUCUGAAGAAGGAAGUUGACUGGGACCGGAGUAAUGAAGACAAAGGUGGCGAAUCAUCCACAGACUAUCGAAUACAGCAUGAAUCUAUGUGUCUGGACAUGACAUGCAGUUCACCCAGUAUUCCGAGUCCUAUUCCACCGCGAAGCCCUACCGCUCUACCGAUCUGGUCGCCGUUACUGGCGUUACAAGCGUGCCGCCUACGCAGGUAUCUUAGCGAUGACUGUAUGACUUACCAGAACAGGCACCUCCUUCACUCCGAAAGACGCCGGUGUGGAGUCUGCCUCGCUUCAUUUCCCUCCACAUGGCUUCUGGAGCGCCACGCCGCCCUGCAGCACGCGUCGCAGACCUCUUGCGACGAUAAACCAUUUGUCUGCGAACAAUGUGGACAAAGCUACAGAUAUAGGUCCGCCUAUGUCAAACACAGAGAGCAAAAUCACCGAGCCAGGCUACCGGCUGACAAACUAUUCACCUGUGACGUCUGUGGAAUGCAGUUCCGCUAUCUCAAGUCAUUCAAAAAACAUCGUCUGAAUCAUACUUUAGAGCGACUUCACACAAAGAACACCGAUCAGAGUGACAGUAUGGAUCAAGUUUCUAGCACAAACGAGGCUUUGUUAGGUCGCUGUGGUGAAAUGGACCUUUCCAUAAAAAAGAAAAACAGACCUGAAAACACUAGAAGCCCCCCGAUUGAAGUUCACGAUGAACAAGACAGUACCGUUGAUUCGAACGGCCCAUCAGACUCCAUAGUGACAGUUGACGAUUCGACUGACUGCAGGAACUCGAGUGCCGAAAGUGAGAGCAAACGAGACGACACUCCCUCGGAAGAGAGAAGGCGCGUUCCUGUCUCAUUUGCCAGCGUUAGUUCAAUCGCAGAUAGUUCUGAAAACGAGUCGCGAGCUGAUAGUAAACACGACAGCGCGAGUCCACAUUCGGGAAUUAUGGGAUUCUUGCAAAAUGAUGAUAGGCAACGAGACAGGGAGAGGAGAUUUGCAUGCCCGUUUUGCGGGAAAUGCGUUAGGUCCAAAGAGAAUUUAAAGUUGCACGUGAGGAAGCACACCGGGGAGCGACCGUUCGUGUGUUUGUUCUGCGGGCGCGCGUUCGGAGGUAAGAGCGACCUGACUCGUCACCUCCGAAUUCACACCGGUGAGAGGCCGUACCACUGCGAGGCCUGCGGCAAGUGCUUCGCGCGGGCCGACUACCUGUCCAAGCACUUGACCACUCACGUGCACAACGCGCGCUGAUCCGCCGCAGCCGACGUCUCUGCACCGACCGCGCCGUCCUUCGUUCAAUAUUCGCAUACCUCUAUAUUUAUUGACCGAGUCAUAUUAUAACACUAAAUCGGAAUAUUUUUUAAUACAUUUUUAAACGUUACACGACGAUAUUAAGCAGGUUUUAUUAAUAGCUCACAGGACUGUUUUUAUUUUAGAGUUGUUUACGGAUAAGUAGUUAAUUGAGUAAUUUUUGAUAAUUAUCUAAGAGGAUAUACUUUGGAACGUUAAAGAUGACAAGAAGUGAUUUCACAAGAGUAAUGCACAGUUGGCUUGUAUCCCUACAGACCUAGACAUUCACGAUAUUAAUAUUUUGCAGAAAAAGCAUUUAGAAUAUUUGUUUGUCUGAGUCUGUAUACGAUGUUGCGUCGAUUCCACUUAAUAUUUCUUGCUAUGGUACUCCUAUUCUACCACACAGAAACUUACUUCACAUACAUUACGAGUAAAAGGAAUUGUUACUUCCACUUUAAAAAUUCAACUAAUGUAAAUUAACGUACCUAGAUUAUUGUUUACUCAUCUUUUUUUAUCUUUGUUGCAAUUCUUACUUGGAAAGUGCAACGGUAUCGAAAGGUACUCGGUUUCAUAUAAGAACACAUUAAUAAAUGAAGUCACCGUCCCAUGUAUCUUAUUUUCGAGACGGAAAAGGAUAACUACAAAAAUUUAAUAAAAAUACCUAAUUUUUAAUUACUUAGGUUUAGUAUAAUUUCACAAGUCAACCAGUUAGGGUGUAAGGGUAAUUUUAUUUCUUUGACGCAGCGCAUUAUUCAGAUUGGAUUUAUUUGUGUUGUUCUUGUAUCCGUUGCAGAGUGAUCUAAUGCAAUACAAACGGGUGAUAAUGUUAUAUAAAUACGUAAUUAAUAUAUUAUUUUAUUCAUUACGACAACGCCACUUAUGUUUCUGUUAAGGAAGUGCUUCACAUAGUUUCUUUUGCCAUAUUUUUAUAUGUCAUUGUAAUAUUAAGAUUGAAGUAACUCAUUCCAUUGAAGAGUAUCUAGAAAAUUGGUAGUUGCGAUGAUAGAUACAUAAGUAGGAGAAUGCAAAAGCUGUGAUUUGUAUGAUUAAGACCAGUCAACCAGUUUAGGACAUCGAAAAAGUUUUGUAUAAAUUAAAAUAUGAUAUAAGCAAAUAAUUUUAAAGAGCGAUUAAAUAAGUAAAGCUAGGUGUAAGAAAUCUCUCUGUGCCAAAAUAUUUACCUCAUACAAAUAAACAGUGAAGUAUAUUAUAAAGGAUUUUUGCCGUGCUACUUAUAUUAAUAUUAAAUCCAAGUGACUUAAUCACUUAUUUUUUAUUAGUAUAGGUAUUCCUGACGGAUCUGGUUUGAUUUUAUAGAUAAUAAUAUGUACAAUUUAUACAAUUAGUUCAAAGUUAUAGCAUUUUUACUUAUUCUAUGUAUUUACUACAUGAAAUAAAACCACUUUUUCGUCCAGUCGCACCAAAAGCUCCUACGUUAGGUAAGGAGCUGGCGACUCUAAAUAAGUUACUGUGUUUUAGUACAAACAUACUCGUACUGGCCUGCAUAUUCACUACAAUAUGCUAACACGCGACAUUAAUCGCUCUUAGACGAUGUCAACUGCCGCAAAUGUGAUAAUCUUUGUUGUUAUUCUCUAAAAGGAGAUUGGGUGGAAAAUAAAAGGUUCUUCUUUCAAUCUAGUUACAUACACUGCAUUCAGCAAAAGUGAGUUAGUAAUUAUGAACACGAAAACUCAUUAGAAAAAACGGAUGUAUAAAUUGAAAUAACUGAAGAAAUGCUAAUUUUUCUUUCCAACCUCCUUUUCAACUAGAUUCCAAAGUAACUAUACAGUGUCAAUUAUGUACAUUAUUAACUAUAUAGAAUAAGUGAUUUAAUACCGGCAUUUUAAAAAUAAGUAAUUUUUAUUAAUUGCUAUUUGCGGGCCAGUACUUUUCUGAGAAUGAUGCAAUAGACAUUGUAAAAUAGUUGUCAUAAUCUACAUUUUAAGUAUAUUUUAUGAUAAUAACAGCCAAUGCAACGAAGUUGAAAGAAACGGGAAACAAUAUUAUUUAAUUCAUAUACCUGCCUUAGGGUCUGUACUCUAACUAAUGAUUUUUCAAUAGUAUAUGUAUAGGUUCCGUUUGAUAAUUGUUAUUUCAUAUGAAAGAUACAGUUGAAUAUGGAUGUAAUGUUAUUAUACUUAUUUAAGUUUGCCAGAGGGAUUUAAUAAGUAAUAUUUAGGUAGUCGAAACUUUCUAAGUAUAAACGAGAAGCAAUACUCUGAAUUUUUAUUUUUACUACUAUUAAUACUCUUUACAGAAGGAAUAAGUCGACUGGUCAAUAUUAGGACACGUGCACUAUUUUUGUGCUUUUAUAAAUAAUGUUUUUUCUUGUAAUUCAACGCGACUUUAAUAAAAUUAGAAGAAACGCACUACAACAACAACUCGCACUUGAUGUUGUUGAUCAGUUUUCGUGUUUUUUCUGUAAAUAAUGAAGUUUUUCAACAAUACCAUCGAAAUAAACAAUGAAAUACCAUGUAUAACUAAUGAAAACAAAAUGUGUAUAAUGUAGAUAUUUGCCAUUACAUCAAAUUUAAACAAUAUGAUAUAUUAAUAUUCAAAAUUGAUGUUGACUGUUUUUAUAAUUAUAUGAUCGGUAGUUACUUGAUGUUGUGGUGUAAUUAGUGUCUUAUAGAUAUAAGGUUAUUAACCACUCACAUUUGCUCUCGGCGUUGCUGUCAUGUUCUUUGAUAGAACCCCCAUUGUUGCCAGUUUUAUACUAUAUGUAAUUAGGUAUCCAUUUUGAUAUUCCAUGAUAUUGAUAGAUGAACAUCAAGUCAACGCUUCGGCAAUUAUGAGUGGUUCAUUAUUUUGAACUCUCUUAGUGUUAACUAUUGGUGUGGUAUUCUUUAUAUUUGUUCAUGUAAUAUAAAUAUCUCUAAUAUAAAUAAUUUUAAAUCAGAUUCAUAAUUAUACUCAGCACUGCAGAGGAUUGUAAAUAUGCGAGUACUAACCAGGACAAAUGUGAUAAACUAGAAUGUAAGGGUUCUCUUUUGUUUAGUUUUAUUUUAUAAUUAUUGUGAGGAAGGUUUUACCACUUUAAUUUAAAAAUAUAAAUUUAUUACAUAUCUCCUCACAACAUUAGCGUUAUUUUAAACGUGGCAAAAUUUAUUAUUUAAAAAUAUUUAACUUCAGAGUUUAGUGUUUUAUCUCAAUGGGCAUUAUUUUAUUUAUACAUUUUGGAAGGACUUCUAGGUGGAACUUUUGGAAACCUACCUCAACUCCUACCAAAGUCUGGCCCUAACCGUAUGCUUAGUAGGUAAGGUUUGGUCUCGGAAUUCGGUUAAAUCAUAGGUACCAUGACGCACAAUUUUACCACAGAAAAUCGUUAUAUCUCCGUCCAAUAUAAAUAACUAUGAGUGUCUUUUAUUUUUAAUCAUGGACAGAAGUAUGUUAUUUACAACAGCAUGACCAUUAACUCUGCAAACUUUGCCAGUUUUCUGAUGAUUUUUAAAUAGUUCUUUGUGUGUGAAGCACGUUAAUUAUCUAGGAACACGAUGUGGCGAAGUAGCGACUUAUCGAAUGAGACGCUUCGGUAGAAGUCCAUUUUAUAAUGGCUCUCUCCGUAGGCAUUAAAUCUUUAAUAGCGAGGAGGGGUGAUGAUUGUGAUAUUAAUUUAAGUCGCAACAGUGACCGAAGUAAUUAUUAUCUCCAGCGUACGCGAUUCAAUGAAGACCGACUCUAGACUGAUUUUUGGGUAGAAGAAAAGUAGGCCAGAAGUUUCGCCGUUUUUAAAAUCGUAUAGCGAAUUAAAGUAACAUAUAGAUUUAUUUGAACUUUUCAAAAGCCAAAACAACGCAAUAGUUCACGAUAUCAAAACAAUAAGAGAGUUUACCUACUUAAGUUUUAAACAUAACAUAUACAGAAUUUUUUAUAUACCAAUCUUAAAUUAUUUUUCAGAUGUAUUGAUUUUUAUACGUCUCCAUAUACAACGUUGAAUAGAGGUAAGUGUAGGUAUCGUAGAUGGGUCUAUUAACCGCGUGGUGCUACAAUGUGUAAUGAUAUGUGAUAGAAACUGUUCUACAGAGACAUUUUAUUUAUUGAAGCUUCCAUAGAUAAUUAAAUUAUAAACUACAUAAAAUACUGGAAACAGCGUCAGCAAUAAUUUUGUUUAGAUGUUAUUGCAUAAGGGAUUUUUUUGGUACAGUAGGUAUUUUUAAAAGUAAUCUUGUGUCUCUAAGAAUCAACGUAUUCAAUAUUGUAAGAAUGUGUUGGUGCUUAGCCAUUUGGAUGGAAAAAUGGAUUACGUAAUUUGGUCGCCGUGUCCUACAGCACCUUGGAAGCUAAAAGGUUAUAUGUAUUGGUUAAAUGUAAAGGACAUUCGACCUAUAGCUCCCAAGGCGCAACUAGGAAGAUUGAUGCUAGGCGAGGCAAGCCUAGGCGAAUUGUUUCAAAUUAUUUCCGCAUUCGCGGUAAAUGUGCAGAUAUAAUUUGGUCGUAUAAGGCAGAACCUGCCUGAUAAGUAGCUAGUAAAAUUUCAAUAGCAACCAUUUUGUCAAUAGGCAACAAUAGUUUAUUGAAGUUCGUAUUAUAUUGUAUGUUGAUUAUUGUAGGACCUUAUUAACAAAUUACAGAUUUUUUACACUACAUAGGUCCCCUUAUUUCGUUUUCGCAUGGAUUAUACAUUUACUUCGAAGUCAAAAAAACACCAAAAUAUUUAUUUUCUCCCUUAAGGCGAUAAUAAAGUGACAUGAUUAAUGUAUAGGUAGAUACUUAUGUAUUUCCAACUACAACGGAAAAACACAUUUAUGUAGUUUGAGUUAUGAUUAUGACAUACAAUCCGUGGCCUGAUUUAUAUUAUGAUACAAUCAAAAGCAAUGAAAAUGUUACUCUUAAUAAAAAUAAAUUUAAUUUUCAUACAAAGUGAACACGUUAUCAUUGCUAUUGAGUGUAGAUUUAAUUUAAUUUUUAUUUUGUUAUAAUCAAGUAGUCGUUAGUAAGAACUUGCUGUUUUGUAAAUUAAUAUAUUUUAAUUUUUACCUCGUCAAUUUUCAGAUAAUAUUAUUAUUGUUAAAGGUGUCAUGUUUUUUUUUAUAUUUGUAAGAUGAUUGAUAACCCAACAAUGUUAGAUCAUUUCUUUAACACAAUGACAGCCGAUAAAAUAGUCCAAUUUAUUUGUGUAUCUUGUCCAUUGUCCAAAUUAACUUAGGCAUAGUUCCAUAUUUUGGAUGUGUAUUAUAUCUACGAUCUAAAUUAAAAGCUAUUGUGUAUAUUAUUUCAUUCAAUAUCGAUGUGCAAAAUUAUAGUAAAUGUCUUGGAUCUCUAAAAAUAAGAAAAAAAGACAAAAAUACUUUACAAAAUUUCUAAAUGUGCAAUAAAUGUGUGUUGUAGUGUUACCAUUAGGCGUAAAAUUUUCAGCGACAAAAACAUUUUUACUGGAACACGCAAAUUUGUAAAAGUAUUGACAAUUUGUGUGUUCAACAUGUAUUUGAUCUCAUUAUUAAAUUAGUAAAUGUGUUUUUGUGGCACAAUAAAUUGAAUAUUUGGCACUUUAAAAGGCACAUUUUCCUAAAGUAAUUGAAAAACGGUUUGAAAACGUGUUAAAAAUGGAUUUGUUGGUAUUUAAUUUCGUAAUGAAAUAUAUUUGUUUCAUUAA